AUGUUUACCGGACUGGUUGAAACCAUUGGGACGGUUUCGUCCCUGGAACCCCUCGACACCUCAGCAAGCGGGGGCGGGGGUACGUCUCUGACCAUCACCGAUUGCGACACAAUCCUGACCGAUGUGCAGCUGGGUGAUAGCAUCAGUGUCAAUGGAGCCUGUCUCACCGUCACAGCUUUUGAGAAGAACUGGUUCAAAGUCGGCGUUGCCCCCGAAACCCUCCGGCGCACAAACCUCGGCUCCUUAACAGAAACAUCCAAAGUUAAUCUUGAGCGCGCCGUGAAAGGAGAGACCCGAAUGGGCGGGCAUAUUGUGCAGGGCCACGUCGACACAAUCGCAAAGAUCAUUGCGAUGACCCCCGAUGAGAACUCACUGGUCCUUCGUCUGCAGCCGCGCGACCCUGCGGUGUUACGGUACAUAGUUGAGAAGGGGUUUAUCACGCUUGAUGGGGCGAGCUUGACUAUCACCCAGGUGAAGGAUGGCGAAGACGGAUGGUUUGAGAUUAUGCUUAUUGCGUACACGCAGGAGAAGAUUGUGACGGCGGCGAAGAGGGUUGGCGACUUUGUGAAUGUCGAAAUUGAUGUUGUGGCUAAGUAUGUCGAGAAGGGGGUACAGGCGUACUUUGCUGGCACGGCGGGUGGGAAUAUGGGGAUCUUGGAGAAGAUGGUUGGGCGCAUAGUGGACGAGAAGUUGAACGGAAGAUAA